AUGAUGAUGACAAUGCUAGACAAUGGUCCACAUAGAGAGCUUCCCGUGGAUGUACCCGAUUCUUUUAUUGCCAUUAGCAAAACACCACCAAGAUAUCCACCGCCAAGAACUCAGGGUUCAUCACGCAUGAACGGUUUGGCUAAACCUAUUCCUCCACCGAGAGAUCAUUUAACAAUUGAAAAAGAUGGGAGACUGAUGAAUAGGUUACCAGCUCCGCAGGUUCCAGCGAGAACUGUUAUGACUAUCAAUAACAAUACUCAAAGGGAACCAACCAAGCGGGAAAUGGAUAGUAUUAGAAAAUUCGAGGAACAAAUUAGGCAAAGAAAAGAAGAAGAGGAAAGGAUAGCAAAACAAAAUGAAUUUCUUAAAAGUUCAAUAAGAAGUUCGAAAAAGCUUCAAGCUGUUGAAAGUAAUCCUCCUCUAACCGGAGUUAUUAACGAUGCCUAUUCAGACGAGGAAGGAAAAGAUGAUGUUGCUGCGACUGAUAUUGUUCAUAAAUUUAUACUGUACGGAGAAUUAGUCGCCGCUUUGCAAAGACUUCAACAUCAAAUAAAAGAAAAUAAUGCGCCUUGUUUGGGAAACCUUGAGCCUCAGUUGGCAACAGUACAAGCAAUUUUGUUAAGUCCACAAUUUGGACGAGCUCUUUCCGUUUGUAAUAAAGUCCGAGAAGUAACUUUGUCAAACGAAAAACAAUGUUUACCUAGUCCGCAGUCUUGGCAAGCUCAAGAAUUGGCUAGAGAUUGCAUUCAAAUUCUCGAACCGUGCUCUUUACCAGAAGCUGGCGAAUUAAAUCAAAUAUUAACUAGUUAUGGUAUGGAAGGAUUAUUAUCUGCUCACGAUACAAUUGCCUCGGGUGAUAUUGUUGCCUUGGAUGCUCCUGCCACAGAUGUACUUUUAACAUCUGAAGAUGCUCAUUACAUUUCUAAAGAAUCUACGGGCAUUAAAAUUGUUAAUAUUGACAAAACGAAUGAGCCACUCGGUGCGACUGUUAGAAACGAAGGAGAAGCUGUAAUUAUUGGUAGAAUAGUUAAAGGAGGAGCAGCUGAUAAAUCCGGUCUCUUACACGAAGGAGACGAAGUUUUACAAGUAAACGGAGUAGAUAUGAGAGGGAAAACUAUACAUGAUGUCUGUGAUAUAUUGUCUGGAAUGAUAGGAACUUUGACUUUUCUCAUCAUUCCCGGACACACACCUAGGCCCAUUCAGCCUACAAACACGAACACUGUCAUGCACAUGAAAGCUCAUUUUGAUUACGAUCCGGAAGAUGAUACUUACAUACCGUGCAAAGAAUUAGGUAUCAGUUUUCAAAAGGGAGAUGUUCUUCAUGUUAUUUCUCAAGAAGAUCCCAAUUGGUGGCAGGCGUAUAGGGAAGGAGAAGAAGAUCAAGUAUUAGCAGGAUUGAUACCCAGUAGAACUUUUCAACAUCAGAGAGAGUCUCUCAAGCAACAAAUAGCUGGAGACAAAUUAUCAAAGGAAAAAACCAAAAAAUCAUCAACAUUAUUAUGUGCCAAAAAACACAAUAAAAAGAAAAGGAAAAAAUCGUCAUGCAAUGCUUACAAUGAAGGAAGUUAUCCAAUUUAUUCCAGUACUUUAGACGAUUACGACGCGGAUGAAAUAUUAACAUACGAAGAAGUGUCUCUAUAUUACCCCAGAUCAAAUCACAAACGCCCAAUAGUAUUAAUAGGACCUCCAAACAUAGGAAGACACGAAUUAAGGCAGAGGUUAAUGGAAGAUUCCGAAAGAUUUGCUGCUGCUAUUCCUCAUACGUCGAGAGCAAGAAAAGAAUCAGAAGUUGACGGUCAAGAUUAUCAUUUUACAUCUCGAGCACAAUUUGAGUCUGAUAUAUUAGCUAGAAAAUUCGUGGAACAUGGAGAAUACGAAAAAGCUUAUUACGGUACAUCGUUAGACGCUAUAAGAACUGUUGUGAGUUCUGGUAAAAUCUGCGUAUUAAAUCUACAUCCUCAAAGUUUAAAAAUAUUAAGGAGUUCGGAUUUGAAACCUUAUGUCGUUUUUGUCGCGCCGCCAUCUCUCGAAAAACUAAGGCAGAAGAAAAUAAGGAAUGGCGAAGCGUAUAAAGAGGAUGAAUUGAAAGGUAUAAUUGAAAAAGCAAGAGAAAUGGAAGAUAAAUACGGACAUUUUUUCGACAUGAUAAUAAUAAAUAACGAUACGGAAAGAACGUACUUACAGUUAUUAAAAGAAAUAAAUAGUUUAGAACGUGAGCCACAAUGGGUACCAGCAUCCUGGGUCAAGGCUGUUUGA